AUGGUUUUCCACGAAUUUUUGGAAUCCGGAGGCAACGCAAUGGAUUGGGAGAAUAACGAAAUUAACGAAGAAGAUCCCGAGGAAGCUUUACUGGAACUGAAUAGAAUGCUAAGAAACAGACCACUAACCAGUUAUCGGGGAUUCCUUGCAAAAUAUGAAAAGUUGAAAGCAAGCUUACAAAGCUUUUGCGGCAGCUUGCCGCCUGGGAACACCGAUCUGGCCUCUGGCGACACGGAUCCCGUUUCGGACGCAUAUACCUGCUAUGCAUUAAAUAUACAAGAUUCAAAUCUGGUGUCUGCAUGCUUAUCACGUGUUUUUGAAAUGAAUGGUCACUUCCUGCACCUGCUGUUUCGCUUCACGCAGCGAAAUCAAGAUGAAGACGUACCGUUUUUUGUCGAAAGCAUGUUUUGUGGACUUUACCAAGAGCCUUCUAAAUUUUCUGCAAUCCAUUAUUUUAUUGAACAUGCCAACAGAACAAGACUUACAUUUGAGCAGGGAAAACAUUUUCUGGACCAAGUUUGGGAGGACUGCAUUGCAGAGAUGACAAUACUGGAAGUUAUAGACUACUUGAAGAAUCCUCAGUUGUUGUUGUUCUUAGCCAGACACGGUGUUGACAUAGUUAGAAUAAAUGCGACCUCGCAGAUUCUCGGCCAUGUUCUAAAAGAUGUCUUAUUGGAUAUUUCUCUGAAUAUUUUGAAGAUUUUGGAUGUCAGGCAUAUCAGGGAAUACAGGAAAGCCAGGUAUUGGCAAAGAAUCCAUCGGAAAGCCGCUAUGCUUCAAAUUGUAUUGCUAACCAUCCCUUACGCAGACUUUUAUUUCGCAGAGCAGCAGUUAGCACGAUUCAACAUUCCUCUUACAAAUAUCGUACGAUUAGUAGGCAGAUAUCAUGUACUGCCCGCUCUUUUUAAUCGCUUCAAGCAGCCUCCACCGUUAAAACAUUUGUCUAGAUGUGCUGUGCGAGGCCUUUUACAUUCCAAUUUUCAGUUGCCAAGAGGAAUAUUUGAUUUACCAAUCGAAGAUGAUCUGAAAACUUAUCUUGAUUUGAUGCUGGAUUAAACUUGCAUACUUAUCGAUAUCUUCUAAGACUACAUACAUAAAGGAAAAAUAAAUAUGUCUUAUAAAUA